AACAUGGUGCGCAGUGAAGUGAAGUCGGGACUGGUGGCGGGAGUUGGAAAAGUAGUGGGAGGCGAUUCGACCGGACCGACCCGUUAUAUUAUCUCGCGUUAGUCAGUUAGUCAGUUUCCAUUCGCGCCAGUGAUUCUACGGUGAUCCUGUGAUUCUACGACGACGUGAAAAAGUCCUGGCUCGAAACUCCACGUGUUUAGCGGGUGGAUCCCGUACCGGGAUUUUGAAUAAGUUUGCGGGGGGGAAGAUUUGUAUCGAGAGACUAAGAUUGUGGUAUUUUCAAAGUGAUUCACGUGGAUCGAGUCGUGCAGCGAAGUGAAAUAGAGUGACAUAGGAAGCCGCCUAAGCCGUGCGAACUGGAAAUCACGAUCGAUCGAUCGAUAUUCUUCGACGCAAAGUAGUUAAAAGGUAGUUCGCGUUGUCCAGGAUCGACGGAUCUUCGACGAGAUCGAUUGAUUGUGAGGUCGAUAAACUCGCGGAGACAAUUACCUAUGUCGCGAGGUGGAAUCUCGAGCAGUUAGUUAGCGGCCGCGCGAUCUUCCGGGGUGUUUUAUCGCAAUCGGCGGUGGCAGUGAAAGUAAACCCGGCGUCUCGAUCAGCGCUUCAGUGCCUACGAAUCCCAGCCGGGUGACCUGUUAUCGUUAUCGUGAAAGUAAUCCGUUCACCUCCCAUUCUCGAGGUCGCUCUGUGCCGUAUAGAGCUUUUAACAAGUGACAACUGUGAAACGCUCUUUUGGGGAUUCGUUCUUUAAUUACCGUUUUUGUCCUCCGUUUCUUUUCUUUUCACUGCGAAGAUCGAAGACACUUUUGCAGCUGGACGUCAAUAAUUGGGGGACACACAUUCAACGAAAAUGACUGUGGUAAUGAUGAAUGUUAUGGAGAGAACAAAUACCAUCGUUACGUGGCCAUCAAGACUGAAGAUCGGAGCAAAGUCGAAGAAAGAUCCGCACAUAAAAGUCGCAGGACGACUAGAUGACGUGCGAUCAGCGAAGGAGAAGAUAAUGGAAAUUUUGGACACACGGCAAAGUAAUAGAGUGACCAUGAAGCUGGACGUUAGUUACACCGACCAUUCGCACAUCAUCGGCAAAGGCGGCCUGACAAUUAAACGAGUGAUGGAGGAAACCGGCUGCCACAUCCAUUUCCCAGACAGCAACCGCAGCAAUCACCAAGACAAGAGCAAUCAGGUCUCCAUCGCCGGGGUGAUUGAGAGCGUCGAGUGCGCCCGCGCUCGUGUCAGGAAUCUGACGCCUCUGAUCUUUUCCUUCGAGCUACCUAUAAUGGGCGCCUCGCAGAGCAUGCCAGACUGCGGCUCGAAGUACGUGGUGGACAUACAAGAGAAGUACAACGUGCAGGUGAUGUUUCGCACAAGACCGAAGCUGCACGCUACCCUGGUGGUUGUCAAGGGUUGCGAGUGGGAGGUUUCCCAAGUCAAAGAGGCGACGUUUCUGCUGAUCCGUCAUAUGUGCAAAAAUUUAGCUAGUCAAAUCCAAGUACAAAUGUCGAUGGAGAUCUCACCCCAACACCAUAGCAUCGUUCUCGGAAAACAGAGUAGCAAUCUGAAGAUGAUAAUGCAACGUACCGCCACGCAGAUUAUGUUCCCGGAUGCCGGCGACCCGAAUAUACCCAGCUUGAAAAAAAGCAACGUCACUAUUACUGGCGACAUAAACAACGUUUACUUGGCCAGACAACAGUUAGUGGGCUCGUUGCCACUGGUACUUAUGUUCGAUCUGCCGGAGGAUUCUAUGACCGCAUCCGUGGAUACCGAAAAGAUCUCCCAGCUCAUGCAGUCUCUGGACGUGUUUAUCAACGUUCGCCACAAGCCAAAACAGAGUACGCUCUCCGUGAUUAUCAAGGGGAUCGAGAGAAAGGCCAGUAACAUUUACAAGGCGCGGAAGCAACUGCUGGGGCUGGACGAGCCUAUGGUUCUCGCCGAUAUACCGCCUACUUAUCACAUUCCGAAUGCUGGCAAUGUUUUCCAAGGCAAUUCCAAUAACGACGGCUCCAAUAACAACCUGAUUAGCGGCAUACCGGAAAACUUCUCGAGCAUGUUAAAUGUAAACACGCAAAAUUCACCGUACUGCGUAUCACCGAUCUCGCAUUCACCGAAUUCUCUGGGAUUGUCGUCACACUGGAGCCUCCCUCAUCAUUAUAUUCCGUCGAUGUGCCCGUUCCCCUAUUCUCAUUUGAAUCACCUGCUGACGACGCAACACAUGAUGCACAACAAUAUAAUGGGAACUUCCCACGGGCCCCAUGGAUUAUCGAACCACGUGAUGCCGCCUGGUAUCGGAGGGUUUCACCAUAAUAAUGUACCGACCAACUUUUCCGGUAUCCACGGCCUGAACGCCAAUUCGUUAAUAGAUAGCAAAGACGGUAGCAGUGCUUAUUCAUCGCUAAGCAGCGUUUCUAGCUCUUUAUCUAGUCCUGCCAUCAGUCCUCGUAACAUUUCACCAGUCAACCCUACGGAUGUUAAUGCCAACUUAGCGGAUCUAUCUAGUAUGUUGUCCGAUUUACCGGUCACCGAUCGACGUGCACCUGGUUGCGAGAAGAAAUCACUCGAGAUGGCUGCGCAGCAGAAUCUCACGCCCUUCGAUUACGAGCAGAAGAAACUGCUGGCCACAAAGGCGAUGCAGAAUAAGUCAAGCAACAACGACUUCCGCGUACCAACGUCCGCUUGGUCCGGUUAUGGCCUCAGCCAGAGUAUUCCGCCCAUAACUACGAGUGAUUUAAGCAAGGAGCUGACAUCACUUCCGUUGGACUUGUGGAAAGAACCGACUACGCCGGUGUACAGUACCGAGAUGGAUUUCGGUAGUAUUAUCUCGAGUAAGGAUCGCAUUGGACAGAUUGGGAUGGCCUCAAAUUAUAUGGAUCACACGCCGACCUCCCACUUGAACAAAAUUACAUCCUCCCAUCGUUUCAAUGAUCUGGGCAGCAUGUUGACUAGCAUCGGCUUGGAGAAAUAUAUACGCCUGUUCACGUCUCACGAGGUGGACAUGGCCACGUUUCCUUCCCUGACAGAGAAGGACCUCUGUGAAAUUGGGAUUACCGCUUGGGGUGCGAGGCGCAAAAUAAUGCUAUUAAUAUCUGAAAUGAACAAACGAACUAGCCCGUUCUCUGGAAGCGCUGCGCCCGGCGCUGAACGUAAGGCAUCCUCGUCGUCGGCGCCAACGUCGAUGGGCAAGUGUAAUCUAGACACCAAAUGGUAAAAGGAAAGAAAUGAUCGCGUGUACGUUAUUCGUUCCGAACGUAAUGGCGUGUCAGCGCCUCUCGAAGCCGAUCUCGCAGAUCCGUGGCACAUCGAUCGAAAUUACGGAAGAAGAUACGUACUUAAUAAUGCCGAUCGCGUGCGUAAUUGCGGGGACCAUUACGCUGUCGCAUCGGCCGUUCGGACGGACACGCACGCGGAUUUACGGAAAACCAAGAAGGCUAUCUGGCUAUUCAGCCCGUGGGAACUCGACAGACGCAGUACGAGUAGCCAAAUAGUUUGCAUGUUGAUGAUUUCAAAUUACUUUAAGUAUCAGGAGAAAGUUAUUUUUGUGACCGAGAACCGGCUGUAUUAUUUUUUUUUCCUCAAUUUUUUUUCGCCGUUCUCGGCGCGCGGCCGAAAGGUGCCUUAGGAUUUAAGGAUAUUCGUUAUUAUUGUCCUUGUUCGUUAUCCAGGAUGGACGCUCGCGUCGUUAUCGUCUCGUUAACAAGUUCUUCCACGUGAAUCUUAACAAUCUUAAUCAUCUAAUCUCUGCGAUUGACGUUUACAAAGCGCGCGAGUUGCGUGGCGGGGAAGAAUCGUGUGAAAUUAUGCGUCGAACUUUGGCGAAACGUCGACGCGCGCGUCCUGUUCGUUACAUCGUGUGGUGAUUCGCUUGAUGACCGGGUGAUCGGUAUGUGUGAGUGAAUGUGGGCAUGCGUGUGUGUGUAUGCAUGAAACACAUCGGGCAUAAAUGUUUCGAAUAAAAUCUAAAGAAAAAAAGAAAUCCAAAAAAUCAAAAAGGAGUUUAUAUCAGUUAUUAGAAAUUUAAAAAAUGAAAUGCGAUGGGCGAGGGAUGUCCCGUGUGUUCAGCGGCCUUUCGUCCUAGCAAAAAUUCACAUAUAUUUAAUUCAGACUAAGCUCGAAUGCGCGACCGCGGGCCCGCCAAAACUGUAUUGCCCGUCUGAGAGACCGACGGAAUGAGCGAGCGGCGAUAAUUUCGACGUUCGCGCGGCACAAUCGAAUACAGUCGCGGCCGAUCCCGCGUGAGGUUGCGAUCUCGAGUUUUACAAAGUAAGUAUAAGUCGCAAAGUAUUUAUUAAUUAUUUCGCGAAAGACGCUGGACGCACGUCAAACAAUAGACCGCAAGAACUUUUCGUGUGAAGCACGUGUUGAAGACGGAACGGUGUAAAACGAAUUCUAUAGCGCAAGUAUUCUAUGUGUCACUCUCCGCGCAACCGAUACUUUUCGAGGAGCCAGUUGAAUUAAGUAUCGAUACCAAAACUACAAUUUGCGACGACGAUCGUCACGUUAAUUAUAGGAAGCCUUCGCUAUUAAAUUAACUCUAAACUUGGCAGAGUCGGAGAAACGAAAUUAAAAAUUGUAUUAUAGCGAAAAAUAUAUAAACUAUAUUAUAUACACAUAUAUAUACAUGUAAAAGCUAUAUAUAAAACAGACUCACAAAAUUCGCUAGUUGAUGUUCAGAUAUGGAAAAUUGUUAUCUCUCUUUAAUGCAAUUCUGUUUCGCCUGAGAUUUAUUUAUGACAUGAGAAUUGUGAUAAUUUGGACGACGUAUGCAAGUAGGAUUUACAUAGAGUCUACGCAUUUAAAAACGAUAAAUUGCCAAGUUUAGAUUCUUCCGAUUAUCCUCGCACGCAGAGAGCUCCAUUGGCCGCAGUCGAUUUCGCAAAACGAUUGUUUUAUAGACAUAAGAUAUAUCUCGUUCUUGGUAAUAAUUUAUUCGAAUUUUUAAGCGUUAUUUUUGUUAAUUUUUUUUUGGAACAAAGGAAUGAAAGCGUUAGGUAAAUUGGUUCUCGAGUCACGCGCAUUAUUAUUCAAAUGUUAAUGUAACGUGUUAUGUAUACAUAUCGAAUUAAAAUCGAACGAAGAAAGUACGAUUGUUCUGCAGAGGAGAGAAAAUCGGUUCUCUCAAUGAAAUGCUUGAAUCGCGCGAUCACAGAUCCACGAUCGUUAAUCUCGAGACUCGUCAGAUUUCCGUGUAAAGAGUAGAAAUAAGAGCGGAUCGUGCGAUCGAGUUAAUCGAACAUGCCUAACGAAAGAUUUUACUGCGAAGAGUUCUUGACUAAGUCUUUUGCGAAAUCUUUUUAAGCGUAAAUUAUUUAUGCGCUCGCGAGAUAGAUCGGAACAUUAAGAGGGAUAAGUCACUGAGAAUAAGGAUAUUUCGCAAAUACGUGUGAUAUAAUAUUGGACUGUCUGGUUCUAUUGUCCGUUUUCUUUUUUUUUCGCUCAACGGUGAUAAUAACGACGAUCUAAAAUAGAGAGCUCCCAAGAUUCUCUGGAGCGCUCGUGCAAUCCGAUUGUCACGAGGAUUGUAUGAUAACAAUUGCAAGAACAAGUAGAUGAAGAUGAUAUGCCGCGAAAGCUCGUUAACGCGUUAACAAAUAAUGUCAUACAAAAUAAUCUAUACAUUUUGACAAUUUUACCGCUUAAGAGAAUAAUCCGUGAAAUUCAAUAUUUCAAUAUCUACAAAAGUCUCGUCAGCAGUUAACUGCUCGAGCGGAAAAAUUGUGAAAUUUUUAACAACAAAAUUCUAAAACUUGGGCAGAAGUUGCGAAUACCGUUGUACCUUCUUACGGUAGUAUCAGGGAUAUUCGUUAUUAUAUUUGUGACGGCAUAACUUUUAAAGAUUUUCACUUUCGUUAAAUCUCAUCGAUAGCGACAAUUAGUACGAUUGUAAGUUUCAGAAGAGAUUAAAAGACGUUUAGAAAAGCUUUAAACUUAAGAUAGAUUUUUUCCACUUGGAAAAAUGCAGAUCUCUUUGAACAAUUUUCACAAGGUUCUUUAAAUUUUUACGUUGUCUGAAUGCCGCAUAUCACCUUUAUCCAAUUGCCCCUGCAAUUAAGCCCGCCUUAAGGGCUGCAUCCCCUUAUAAGGGGCAAAAGAUAGCGUUUUUCUUUUCUGGCAGCGAUGAUCGUUAUCCAUUAAAAGAGUUCUGAUCGGUAAAGGGCUGCGAAACGAUAAUCGCCGAGGAGAGCAAAUGUAAGCAUGAAGUGUGCGCGACUGAACGAGUAUCAUGUGUAAUAUAUAUAUAUAUAUAUAUAUAUAUAUAUAUUCAUUGUCGCUGCGGAUAAAAUGUACACGUACGCAUAAUCGUGAAUCAACGAAGCAGCGCAAGCGUCCUCGAGUCUAACGAGCAUUCGUUCGAAAGUCGUUGGCAUUUCGUUCCUUACGACAGGGUGCCUCGGAAUCCAGGAACUUGAAAAGCGCGGGAGGGUCGAAGGAAAAAAAAUUCGAUCGAAGAGUGAAAUUUCUCGAAAGUAACAGAGAGGCAAGGAGCGCUCUCGGAUCUCGACAAUUUUUUUCCCCCGCCUCCUCUCCCGACGCCUGUUCUCUGUAUUUGCGAUUUUCGAAGAUAUGCGAGCAAGGAAUUCGAGGUGGUAACACCCUGCGUACCAUACGGUGAAGAUCGUCCCUUCGCCAGCCAAUAAUCGACGGUUUCUCUCGUCUAGUCCUAAGAAGAAAUCCGUCAAUGUUCCUACGUGAAUAACGCACUGUUCCCGUGCAAAGGUUUAGCGUAUACGGGUAUAAAAUAGGUAUAGUCGCGGAAAUUAGCGUUAAAAAGAGAGGGAAAUGCGCGUGCGAGGAGAACAACGACGACGACGACAAACGAAGAGUUUCUUAGUGUUCUCGAGCGUUUCGGUUAACGAGAAUUAACGAGAAUUGAUUUACGUCGGGAAGAGAGAAGAUACAUCUCCAAACUGUAAAACCAGGUUUUUUUUGGUUCACUAUCACUUUUCUCUAGUCCCUAUUCACUUGACAUUUUUUGCAUACAGCAAAUAACAUGACAUUACUUCUCUCUGUCUCCUUCUCUCUCUCUCGAAAAAGAAAGGAAAAACGGGGAUAACGUCAGCCCAGAAUCAGCUUAUGCGUAUAGUCGCAAUCGCGCCCCGACCUCGCGCCCGUGUGAUGAUGAAAUUUACGCGACUCGGAUGAUUCCGUUGCGUUUACGAGAAUGCGCUGUAAAUCUUGUAAAUUGCGUAUCGCAAGCAUACUUUUUCCUUGCUGUGUCUUUGCGUCGGAAACCGGGGCAGAGAAAACGCUGCGAAUCAUUGUUUCAUUAGAGCAAACUGUGGACUCGCCAUUUCCCUAACUCAUUCGGCAUACGAUUUGUACGAAUCGCUCGGAGUUAAAGUGGAUUAAGCUUGUAAUUCGUGGGAUUGACUUCAAAUAUAAUUCGACAUUUGAGAAUUUUGCUGAAAUUAUGGAUCAAUCCGUUUUAACUUCCGGCGUCUUUAGUGACGUUCAUUUCCCUUGGUUCUAAAUUUCCAUGAAACAUGAUUCAUGGAUUUAACAAAGGGAAAAAAGAAAUAACAGACCACUGAGAAUCUCGGAAAGAUGCCGAGUCCACGGGCUGCAAUCGUUGCGCAACGAUUUUUCUUCGUUUCAACGGUAGAUUUGCGAUUACUUGUAAAAUUUGAAGAUACUCUUCGAUCAGGGAGGGUUUAGCGAGAUCUAAUCCACUUUUAAAAACUUUCCGAAAAUUAAUCUCAAAGCUGCGGAAAUUUCAGCCAAUUACAAUUUCCAUUUAAAAUUUCAAAUACUCGUCAAAUUUGAAGUGAAUUAAUCCAAUUUGCCGGAAUUAAGUCUCUUCCGACUGAUAUUGAAUUUCCUCAACUUUAUUAAUUUUCUCGGGUCUUUAAAAAGGAUAUUGCGAGACAGGUAUCGCGCGUUAGCAUCGAAUCUUUCAAUUUUGUACACAGUACAUCACACCUUAUCUCACCAGACUGACAAGCUCGAAAAAUUGUGAAACGCAAGCUAUUCGGGAAAUAUACCGAUCUCGUCCAAGACGCGAUACCGCCGUAAAUCAGCAGCUGUAAUGGCGCCAUGCGCCAACCGUAUAUCGAUAAGUAUAAAUGCCUCGCACUAUCGUGUUCUCUCUUUCAUACUCGAAAUAUCAGGAAACUGUUUUCCCGCUUGGCGAGAUCAACGUAAAAAUCGCAGACUCCUCGGUGGCGAAAGACGCGCUCUUCGGUGUCGUCGCUGAAGCGCCGGCAGGGAGUGCGGAGAAUAGUCGACGAGUUCGCCCGAGGGGAGAAGUGGUAAAAGUGGCAACUUUGAGAAACGUAAACGCCUAGAAAUUGAAAUUAAUUUCAAAAACCAACGCGCGCGCGCGCGCGAUACACACGCGCAAAAGGCGCUACGUGGAAUGCGAAAAAAGAAAUAGAAUUGUGCAAUUUAAUACGCGCUUCCCGCGCGUCUCGCUAGAGUGGAGCGCAAAUGUAAACGCGGAUACCUCAGGAAGUAAAGUAACAGCCCGAUCCUUCGAGAAGGGAUUUCGAAACUGCGCUAUACUCGUACUAUAAAUCAUACAUUCCAGGGAAAGGCGGUAGGAGUUCGGAUUCAAAUGAAAUUUGUAGUGUCGUAGGAGAGGCGGAUGGAAAGUGUUAAUUUAUGUGUAUGUGUUUCGCGUUUUUUCCCCCUCUUUCUGUGCUAUAGUGUUUAUAAUGUUGUUUCUCGUGUAACAAGUCCGGGGACGUGCCCGCCCAUCGAGCGCAGGUGCAGCAACUGAAUGAUAAAUUAAUCGAUGAAUGUGUCAUUAUUGCAUGUAAAACGAUCGAUCCAUCGACCUGCGCGGCGGCAGAUGAAGCGUUUUAUAAUAUACAGCGCAGCAUAAUAUUUUUAUAUGAUAUAAUCUAAUCUAAUUUUGAUAUAAGAGCCAAGAGAGUAUAUAUUGAUCUAUUAUUGUUUGUUUCGGAUGAAAGAAAGUAGGAAAUGCGAGAAUGUCGGAGUCGCCUGAAAUCGGGAUUUGUUGUAUUGAAGUGAAGAAUAAAGAAGAUUUUGUAUAUUGCCA